AUGCCCGAGCCGAGUCCAUUGCGACAACGCGACGAACUUCGUCGGAGCAAGUCGCCAUCUGGAGGAGCUAAGGAGGCGAGUCGAGGCCGAGGAGAACGCAGUUCGCGACUUCGCAUCAAGAAGCGGAUGCGAAUUUGCGUUCAUACCGCCGAGGGCUCCUCACUUCGGAGGACUAUGGGAGGCAGGUGUGAAGUCUGCAAAGUACCUACUCCUACGCACGGUGGGCAACGCCCUGCUCACGGCCGAGGAGCUGCAGACAGUGGUCGUGGCGGUCGAGGCGGUGCUCAACUCCCGCCCGCUAGAGCCGUAAGCCACGUCCCCAACGACGGCGAGGCGCUAACCCCAGGGCAUCUACUGGUGGACGGUCCACUGGUGGCACCGGCAGCAUCGCGGACCCCGGACCAGGAGGGUCUGAGUUGCUUAAGGCGAUGGCGAGCUGUCUCGUCGCUCAAGCGAGCGUUCUGGCAGCGAUGGUCCCGGGAGUAUGUGCUGGGCCUGCAGGCACGGGCCAAGUGGGACCGGUUGCAGCCAAAUCUGCAAAUCGGAGAGCUCGUCGUCGUCGCAGAAGACAACCAGCCGCCGAUGCAGUGGAUGGUGGGUCGAGUCGAGGCGGUGUACCCAGGAGCAGAUGGGGCGGUGCGCGUCGCAGACGUGCGAACCAGCGCAGGAGGGCUUUUUAAAAUUUUUAUUAAACAGGCCACAAUUGUGAUAACGGGCGAGGAGUUGCGUCUGCCGCAGGUGAUUGAUUUGCGUGUCGAUUACACGGAUCGUACACCGCCGUAUUUCCUGCAACAGCCGGCCACACAGCUUGCCGCUCGUCCCGGCGAGACCGUUGUGCUCGAGUGUCCGGGCGUUGGUUCGCCGCGUCCCAGCGCCGUGUGGAGCAGCCCCAAUGUGCCCAACAUCUAUCACAAUCGAUCGCGUGUGCUUGCCUAUGGACUCCAAAUCACCGAUGUCCAGCCCCAAGAUCAGGGCUCGUAUGUGUGCCGCCUGGACAAUGGCAUUGCACCGGUGCUGGUUCACAUGAUCAAGCUGAGCGUGGUGGAGCGUCCGCGCAUUCUGCGUGGCCCCAACUCGACGCUGACCAACGAGGGUGAUGCUCUCACACUUGAGUGCGAUGCCAUCGGACAUCCCCAGCCGCACAUCUAUUGGCUGUUCAACGGCGAGGAUGCCAGCUUGGAUAACGAGACGAACAUCGAGCUCAAUCGCCUUGUCAUCCAUCAUGUGCAAAAGUGGCACGCGGGCGUCGUUCAAUGUUUUGCCCGCAAUCAGUUGGGCGAGACCAGCGAAGGAAAUUUGUUUCGUGUGAAUCCGUUGCAGAUAAGCGGCGAAGACGAUCAACCGCUGGGCAAUGUUCCAUUGCGCUUUGAUCACGAACCCAGCCAUGGAUCCUCCUCAUCCGGAUCUUCGUCCUCUUCUGGCUCCUCGUCGAUGACGUCAUCGUCACGCAACAAAAACAAGCGCAAAUAUAUGAGAGUUGCAGAAUUAGCAGAAGCUGCUGGACACGCAUCAACGUCCGCCACGCCCGCCAUUGUGCCGCUAUCGAAGGCAACUGGGGAGGAUGAGCAGCAUUCCAUGUAUCCGGUAAUUGCAGGCGUCGCUGGCGGUGGCCUUCUGCUGCUCAUUGCCACAGUGGUUGCAUGUUUGUGCCUGCGACGACGCAGCAACGCGCCACUUGAGGAUGAGAACAAGCCGCAAUUGGAUCACAUUCAAACGGAUUUUGUUAGCUCCGCCGUGCUGGGCGUGGCACCGCAUCACAAUCACAAGGCUGGCCUCUCGGCCAAACAUGAAAAAGAAAUUAUAGGCAGCUAUUGGAGCUGCGCUUCCUCCCCGCCCAAUGGCAUCGCCAGCCACGCCUCCAAUCCGGAUCAAUCGAGUCUCGCGGCCGCUGUUGCAGUUGCAGCUGCGGCUGUUGUCGUUGAUAUCGUCGACAAUGAUAUCGAUGCGGAUGCCGAAGCCGAAGCGGAUGCGGACAGUGAGCAUGUGGAACAGACGGGCGCUUCAUCCUCUUGCGAGACCUUGGAGGCUUGCGACUCGGCCACGCCCAUCGCCAACGCCAUCACAACGAAGGCGCCCAGCAAGCCGCUGCCACCGCUGCCGCUGCCCAAGAAAACGGCGGCAGCCAAGGCACAACAGCAGCAAGUAAACAACAAUGCUUUGGCUGUUGCGGCAGCUGCUGCGUUGCAUCAACCAGGACUGCAUCAUGCGCAGCCGUAUCAUGCCCCAGGCACGCCCACCUUGCUGCAGAAGCGUCUGCAGCCAGCGUCGCAGAUGCAAGCGCCUCCUGUGCCGCCGCAUGCCACAUACUACUCGCAAAAGGCGGCAGUGGCAACAAGUGGCGCCUCGCCUAUGCUGGAUCAACAGCGACGCACGCUGGAACGCAGUGUGCGCAACUUGCAACAGCAGCAACAUCAUCAUCAACAGCAGCAGCAGCAACAGGCGGCCAUGGGCUAUGGGCUCGAGGAGGCGUUGGGUACGCCCACGCGCAUACCAUCGCUGCGACGGCAGCGACGUGCGUCGGGCAGUCAGCACAACAGUCACACCAAUCUCAACAAUCAUCACCACAACAACAACAACAGCAGCAACAACAAUAAUAAUAAUAAUACCAACAGUAGCAACAACAAUUUGCCACAGCAUCUGCUGCAUCACCAGCAGCAGUAGCAGCAGAUGAUGCAGCCGCAUCAUCAUCAUCAGCACCAUCAGAAUUACAACCAUCAUCACAAUCAUCACCAUCAUCAGAAUGGUGGCGUUGGCAUUCCCAUUCAACUAUUAACGUUAUC